AGAGGCAUUUGGCAUGAGAAAGGGUGGGGGGCAAUCAUUAAUUUGUUCAGUUACUUCAUGUCAUGGGCUGUGGCUUGUGUUGAAGCAUAUAAAAACAGAUAGAGCACUUGGAGUCUCUUGAGUGCACCUUCAAGGAUUACAACCUAACCCGAGUUUCACCAGAUUUUCACUCCGGCAGUCAUGAUCCUCAGCGUUGCGCUCAUUUGGGCUGUAGUGGUAGGGCUCUGUUGUUGCCUCUGGCUCAUCACAGGAAUACGCAGAAGACAACCAGGGGAGCCUCCACUGGAAAACGGAUGGAUCCCUUACCUUGGUUGUGCUCUUCAGUUUGGCGCCAACCCUUUGGAGUUCCUCCGCAGCAGACAGAAGAAAUUCGGCCACAUUUUUACUUGUAAGAUUGCUGGGCAGUACGUCCAUUUUCUUUGUGAUCCCUUCUCCUACCAUGCUGUCAUCCGCCAAGGAAGGCAUCUGGACUGGAAGAAAUUUCACUUUGACGCCUCUGCAAAGGCAUUUGGUCAUGAAAGCAUGGAUCCCAGCCACGGCUACACCACAGAAAACCUGCAUCAGACCUUUCUCAAAACCCUACAAGGUGAUGCACUGCCGGCUCUCAUUGAGACAAUGAUGGAAAACCUGCAGAGCACAGCGCUACAACCGGGCGUACUCAACGCUAAACCCUCAGAGUGGCAGGCCGAUGGCAUUUUCGCCUUUUGCUACAAGAUCAUGUUUGAAGCAGGCUACCUGACCCUCUUCGGCAAGGAACUGGAUGGAGACAAGAGUGUCGCACGUCAGCAGGCUCAGAAAGCGCUGGUGCUCAAUGCUCUGGAGAACUUCAAAGAGUUCGAUAAGAUCUUUCCCGCUCUGAUCGCCGGGCUUCCCAUUCACGUUUUCAUGAGUGCCUACAGCGCCCGUGAGAACCUGGCCAAGACUUUGCUCCACGAGAACCUGAGCAAGCGUGCCAACGUGUCUGACCUCAUAUCCCUGCGCAUGCUACUGAACGACACGCUGUCUACCUUCAACGAGCUGAGCAAAGCCAGGACUCACGUGGCCAUUCUGUGGGCUUCUCAGGCUAACACUUUACCUGCCACCUUCUGGACCUUGUUCUAUAUGAUCAGGUGCCCUGCGGCGCUGAAGGCAGCGAGCGAGGAGGUGAAGAAAAUAUUUGACAAAUCUAACCAGAAAAUCGAUCCUAGAAAUUCUCGACUUGUACUAACAAGGGAACAAUUAGACAACAUGCCCAUUCUAGACAGCAUCAUUAAAGAGGCUAUGAGACUGUCCAGUGCAUCUCUGAACGUCCGAGUGGCCAAGGCUGACUUUCUCCUUCACCUGGACAAUAAAGAAUCUUACCACAUUCGUAAAGAUGAUGUCAUAGCUCUGUACCCCCCGCUGCUUCACUUUGACCCUGAAAUCUUUGAAGAUCCGUUGACAUACAAGUAUGACAGAUUCCUUGAUGAAAAUGGACAGGAGAACACCUGCUUUUACAGAAACGGUCGCAAACUUCGUUACUUUUACAUGCCUUUUGGAUCUGGGGUCACCAAGUGUCCGGGUCGCUUCUUCGCUGUGCACGAGAUCAAGCAGUUUUUGUCUUUGAUUCUCUCUUAUUUUGAGAUUGAACUCUUGGACUCAGAUGUGAAAGUACCACCACUGGACCAGUCCCGGGCCGGUCUGGGUAUUCUGCAGCCUACCUAUGAUGUCGACAUUCGAUACAGACUGAAAACUCAUUGAGGAUCAUUUAUUUAUUGACUAGACUGUGAAUUGUAAAUCAUGUACAUUUUAUGCCCUGUCCGGCCAGACAAAUGUAAAUAGGCUUCAGCUGUGUUCUUUCUAUUCAAGAUGAUUUGAAAGUGAUUUUAAAAAGUUUUAAAGAAAACACACAGGACUUCUUAUAGAA